AUGGGAAAUACUUUGCCUCAAAUAACUUCUUAUCGAUCAUUAAAAAUACCAAAAAUAAAAUCACCAUGUUCAACAAUAAAAAAAUCACGUAGUUUACGAGAAUAUACACGUAAUACAUCAUUAGUUACCAAUUGUGUUAAUAGUAAUAAUAAUAAUCGAAGAAAUAUUUCAUUUUCAAGACCACGAUCAUUGCCUCCAACUGAUGCUGAAAUAAUCGAUAUUCAUGCAUUACGUUGUGAAAUGUCAACAUCAAAUAUAGAUGAAGGUGAAAAGCAAUUAAUAAAACAACUUAAUUAUAUUCAUUCAUGUGUACGAAAAGAUAAAGGUUUAUUUGGUAAAAUAACAGAAAAUCUACAAAAUAAACAUAUUUUUUCAAAUGAUGAACCAGAAAAUACCCAUAUAUUAGAACAAACACCAGAUGAAUAUAAUAUGGAUUAUCAGUCGAUUUAUUUGCAAACACUUGAUGGAGAAUUUAUUCAUGCUUAUUGGAUUUAUCAAGUGGGAGAUAUAAACUCAACAACGACAAUUUUAUAUUUACAUGGUGCAGGUGGAAAUAUUUCACAUAGAUUAGAAGUUUUACAACUUUUUCAUGAAAAUAUUCAUUGCAAUAUUUUAAUUAUUGAUUAUCGAGGUUUUGGUAAAAGUUCUGGCGUACCAUCAGAACUUGGCCUUUAUAUUGAUGCUCAAGCAGCUUAUGAUUAUUUAAUCUAUAAACAAAAAAUUUUGCCUGAGAAUAUAAUUGUUCUUGGUACAAGUCUUGGUGCAUCUGUUGCUAUUCAACUUGUUAGUGAUCCAUUAAAUCGUGUUAAAGUUGCUAUAUUUGAAAAUGCUUUUAUUUCUGUACCUGAAAUAGCUAAAUAUUUCUUAACAUAUGCUAAAAGUGUUAUUGGUAUAACAAAAUCUAUUGGCUUUAUUUAUUUAUUUGAUUCAUUACCAAAAGUACGUCGUAUAGAAUGUCCAUGUAUUUAUUUAACAGGUUUACUUGAUCCUCUUAUUCCAACAUGGAUGUCAAAUACAUUAUAUAAUGAAACACUUUCUUCAACUAAACGUCAAUUAUAUGAAUAUCCAUUUGGUAAACAUAAUGAUUUACCAGUAAUGAAAGAUUAUUUUGAAAAUAUACAAUCAUUCAUUAAUGAAUUAUCAUUAAUUAAAUCUGCUGAAACAGAUCAAUUGGUGCUAAGACAAUAA